GGCGGACGUUUGAGGACGCCGUUACCCGUCCGACCGAGGGGAGCGGAGCCGCACGUUUUACCAAAAUGGCAACCCCGUAUGUGACAGAUGAAUCUGGGAAAUAUAUUGCUGCUACUCAGCGACCUGAUGGAACAUGGAGGAAGCCGAGGCGGGUGAAGGAUGGCUAUGUCCCCCAGGAGGAAGUCCCAGUCUAUGAAAACAAGUAUGUCAAGUUUUUCAAGAGCAAACCAGACCUGCCACCUGGCCUGAACCCGUCUGAGGCAGCUCCACCAAAGCAGCAGCAGCAGCAGCAGCAAAAGAUCCCUGGUUGUGCAGACAGUGAGGCAGCCGGUCUCUCAAAGUCGGCCAAACGCAACAUGAAGCGUAAAGAAAAACGAAAACAGCAGCAGCACCAGGGCCAGGAUGGAGAUGCGGAUGUGGAAGAGGUGAGCGACGCCGUCGAGAAUGUGUCCAUUUCAGAGGGCGGUGAGUCUUCAAACAAGAUGGCAGCGCCAGCUUCUGUGUCACCUCCCGAUGACUCAUCAGGAGCGGCAGCCGAAAAGGCCAAGAAGAUCAAAAACCUGAAAAAGAAGCUGCGACAAGUUGAGGAAUUGCAGCAGAAAGUGGACUCAGGGGAAAUAAAACAACCGACAAAGGAUCAGUUGGAAAAGCUGGGUCGGGCAAAGGCCUUGCAAGAUGAGUUACGGCAGCUCGAGUGUGAUUCUUGAAGCAAUAAAGGACAGCAGAAGAGUCAGACAGACUGAACAUACAAAUUACACACUGAAAGACAGGGAAGGGACCUUUGCAGCUUUGUGAUCAUAGCUUCCAUUAAACAUAUUCUACCUAUUUGAUAUUCAUCAUGGACUUUGGAAGUGAACACAGUCUCAGCGCCGUUCAAGCAGAGAACGACAGGAUGUCUACGUUGCAGGCGCCACAUCUUCUCAGAACUGACAAGCCUGUUGUCUAGAAUUCAAACCUCUCAAUAACAUUAUGACUCCUGCUCAUAUACUUGUAUUGGCUCGGCCAUUCAUUUAUAAAUAUCUCUAAGGACCUCAUUGUGAGUUGUCUUGUGCACGUCUGUCGUUUCCAUUUUCUACCUUUCAUAGCAUCAGUAUCACUUAUAUAUAAAAUGAAAGAAAAAAAAAAUUCUGUUGAAGAAAAUAUAGUUUGUUGACCUUUCUGCUUGAACAUUUUUGUCAAUGAUUGGAUGGCCUCCUGUAGUCACACUAAUGUUGAGUCUAUACAGUCAUUACAUGAAUUAAAGCUCCAUGCUGGAUGAAAUGUUUAUCUCAUAUUGCUUUUUAGUUGUAGAUGAUUAACUGGGGAGUUAUUUUGGAAGGCAGGAUGUAAAUUUGUAGAAAAAAAACAACUGUAUUUGGGUGUCAUUGGGGUAUCUUGGAAACAAGUUACGCACUUAAAGGAUGAGGCUGGUGAUGUUGCAUUUUUGACUUGUCGUCAACAAAUCCCAUAAAAAGUUCAAGACCAGCAAUGAAUUUAUCCUACCAACAAGUAUUGUCUGUGCAGCCAAAGCCUGAUAUAGCUUGUGCCUCUGCGCCUUAGAGCUCCAUUGUUUUCCAAAAAUGAUUAAAAACACAUCAAUGACCCACGCUGUUGCCCCGAAUGACAUGUUCCUUCUGUUAUAAUGAACAAGGGCACUGUAGUUACUCUGAGGUGAUUCCCACAUACACCGUCCUGCUUCUUUAAAUACUCACUGUAAACCCUAAUGUGUGUUGAUCCACAGCUGAGAGUUGCCCAAAUGCGCAUGCAUUC